GCACCAGCUUCCCCACUCCAGUUGUCAUCCCUUCACAAGCUUCAUCAUCUUUCUUUAAAAUGGCAUACACUCCCCUCUCUUACUAUAUAUAUAGAUAUAUAUAUGCAUGUCCCUAAAACCCCAAAAACCCACAACUCCAUUCAUCUUCUUCCUCACUAAAACCUUUCUUUACAAAAAUGGAAAAUAAAGCUCUCUUCUUUAGUGUUUUAAUGGUGUGUUUCCUCAUGGUUGCUUCUGCUGGCAACUUUUUUCAAGAUUUCGAUCUCACUUGGGGAGAUCAUCGGGCCAAGAUCUUUAAUGGAGGGAAGCUUCUAUCUCUCUCUUUGGAUAAAGUUUCUGGUUCUGGUUUUAAGUCCAAGAAAGAGUAUCUUUUUGGGAGGAUUGAUAUGCAGCUGAAGCUUGUUGCAGGCAACUCUGCUGGAACUGUCACAGCAUAUUAUUUAUCGUCAGAAGGAGCGACUCACGACGAAAUCGAUUUCGAGUUCUUGGGGAACACUACAGGUGACCCUUAUAUCCUGCACACCAAUGUGUUCACUCAGGGGAAAGGGAACAGAGAGCAACAGUUCUACCUCUGGUUUGAUCCAACCAAGAACUUCCACACCUACUCAAUCAGCUGGGAUUCAAAACAGAUAGUGUUUUUGGUGGAUAAUACUCCCAUAAGAGUGUUCGGAAAUGCAGAGAGGAAAGGUGUUCCUUUUCCUAAGAACCAACCGAUGAGGAUAUACUCGAGCCUAUGGAAUGCAGACGAUUGGGCCACGAGGGGUGGUUUGGUUAAGACCGAUUGGACAAAGGCACCGUUUACGGCUUACUAUCGCAACUUCAAUGCACAGAGCUCGACCACUUCUUCGAGGUUCUUGAACGGGGCGUGGCAAAACCAGCAACUUGAUGCAUACAGUAGAAGAAGACUGAGAUGGGUUCAGAAGAAUUUCAUGAUUUAUAACUAUUGCACUGAUUCAAAGCGAUUCCCUCAAGGUGUUCCACUGGAGUGCAGAUAGUAUCCAUAUCUAGAAGUUCUUAAAUCUGAUUGUUAAAAAGUUUAUUAUUAAUUUCAUGUUUGGUUUUUAAUCAUGUUCAUGUAAUUUAAUGUGUUAUGUUAAUAAAGUCUUAUAAUUUGUUCUC